AUGAAGUUGACCUUCCUUUGCUUCAAUCUCAUCAUUUUCGCCACCGCACACGCACAUCUCUCCACCGUUCCCGGCGUCAUAUACGACACCUCCGGCAACAACCUCCAUAGGGGCAUCCCUUACUACAUACUUCCCCUCCUCCAUGGCUCCGGUGGCGGACUCAUUCUUUCCGGCAACACCACGGAUCCAUCAUGCCCAAUGAUCAACAUCAUCACUCAGGAACCUUUCGAGAUCAACGGCGGGAUCCCUUUCACCUUCAACCCCAUCGUUUUAGACGAAAACCUAAUUCGUAUCUCCUAUCCGACUUCCAUUGAAUCAGCCGUCGUAACACCUUGCGGCGGAUCCAAUAUAUGGAAGGUGUCAACGGCAAAGAGCGAUAUCGGAGAUGUUGCUGGUCUUCAAAUUGUUACCACCGGCGGCGAGUUUAACACGCCGGAGAGCUGUUUUCAGAUCGUAGAAGUUGACAUGAUGCCGGAAUUGCGAAGCUACCAGAUUCAGCAUUGUCCAUUUAAAUGUGGUUCGAGUAGCACCGAUCUUAAUUGCUACAACGUCGGAGUUAAAUUAGAUGCCGCCGGUAAGAGAUGUGUUGCUCCAAGUAAUGCUCUUUUUCCGGUGGUGUUUGUGGGUUCGGUCGGAAAACAGUCAACAUUUAUGAAGUAA